AUGCCUCCUUCUCUCCUUCUCUUCUUCUCUCUUACAGCUCGCUCCUGUCUCUCACUUAUCUACUCUGUUCUCUUACUCUCUCCAACUGUUGUUGACCCGGACGACGAAGCCCCCUCGAACAAGAAGCCCUUCAUCUUCGUCCCAGAAACACGCUCGAGGAAGAAGUACGCUCUCGACCGAGACCCAAGGUCACGACACAGCCCAAACCUGGAUGCUGAGAACCCGCGCGUGUUCAAAAAGUUUGCUGGGCAACAAACAUCACUUGCUUCGUUCUUCACCCCUGCAGUCAACCAACCCAGUGCCAGCGUCCACCCAUCGACUGUCAAUCUCGGUAAAGCUACCGUAAAUCUCGGUCAAACCGCCGCCGACCAGCGCCCACCGCCGUCCUUGCUCGAUGCCACAAACAAGAACAACGCCGAGAACUACUACGGCCCCUCCUCCGAUUUCACCGUCUAUCAAGAGACUACUCAACUGUCUAUUGCAGAGGCAAAGCCGAGCAUCAACGCGUUCACCCCAAAACCGAACCCGAUCAGCGACGCACAAGGACCACUACAUCCGCAUUCGGUUCUCAACGCACUGCUCCAGAAGCUUUACGAGGUAUCAACCAGUGACUCUGUAGUAGAUAAGAUUGGCUCUGUUCGGGAGCAUGCGUUAAAGAGGUACCAAGCGCUCUGGGAGAAUGGCCCCGAUGAUUUGGCGGAGGUGGAACGCCCCCUCGAAUCUACUAUCCGCCUUGACGUUGUCCAGCUCUUUGAGGGCGACGCACCGUACGACGUCCAGAAUCUUGCUGUCAUCCGACUCCGAAGCAUCAAGGAUCUCCCACCUCAUGAUGGUGUCUACCGGCAUGCGCUCCCGCUUAAGUCCGGCACAAAGUUCUACGUUGGACCGUCCAUGGAACUGGAAGUGAGAAUCAAGGAACAUAACAAGCCUGCAAACUGGAGAGAUGUUCCCCAUCACGACGCACUAAGGAAGUGCCGUGAAGAAGGAUCCGACGACUUCUUUGUCAUCUUGACUAGCUUCAAGCUCCCCGAGACCCCCUCGCCUGCAACUGGCCUGAAUUUAAAUGUCCUCGAGAUGUGGGGAUCUACGAUCUUCCAAGCCUGUCCAUCCAGCAUCUUAGCCCCAUGGAUCACGCGAGAGAUACAACUCUUCCUUGCGGAUGAUUUCUUCCUUAACAUGAGGCCCCCUCUUGGCCAGGGUCGUGUGGAGGCCGAGAAGGAAUGGGUGUACCUCAAGAAGGCAACGGACCCCGAACUCGUGACCUACAGGGAGAAGCGCUCUGAGAUCUCACGGACAAAUAUGCAAAAAUUCCACGACACGCGGCGUGAGGCGUCGCGGGCGAAGGCACUGGAUACUGGCGAAGCCGAAAUCAAAGCCUAUAAAAUAAAGGGUCACGCCGUGCUUACAAACGUUUUAGGAUAUCCUUGAAACCCAGUGCUCUAGUAGCACAAUUAGACUGUAGCCAAU